UAUAUAUAAUGGGUGGUGGUGUGAACAGAGAUUAUGUGUUUAAUUUAUUUUCAAACAGUAAUUUGAGCUACGAAGAUUCUUAUUUCAGCAUACAUUGCAGCAGAAUGCCUCGAUUGAGACACGUAUACUGCGGAGUUGAAGCUUCGGAUUUUGUGACAGCUGAAGCUCAAGGGUGAAGCUAGGGGUCCUAGGACUUUCAUUCCCCCCCGCACGCCCUUGCUUCCGACUCUGGCGAUAUGGUACGUAUCCAAUAUAUUCCAUUUGAUCAACGCUUCUUUGAUGAUGAACAAAAGUUGUCCUCCUAAAUAAGUUAUAAAAUCACCAUGAAAAUCAAGACACAGUAUGGCCCCAGAACUCCGGCUCACCACAGGGAGAAGUUUGGUUCUGUCGCUUAUCUGUUUACAGCUCUACGUCACUCCUCAAGCCAACACUGAGUGUGACCAGACAUUCGUGAGUCGGGGCGCGGCUCCUUUGGAGGGCACAUUUCACGCGCCCAAACUCUUCAAUCCUCUGGGGCACACCACACAGUGUAUAUAUACAUUUGUGGCGGGCCCCGGGCAACGUGUUGACCUAUCUUUUACGUCAUUCAAUCUUCGUGGUACACCACCUGAUGGAGCGGCAGUGGGAGAACUCCCAGCGUGUAUGCACGAAUUCAUGGAUGUAUAUGCAGAAGUUGGUGGGGGUUCAGGAGGACCACCGGGUAGUGGAGGUCAGCAGUUGAUAGAUUCGCCGUGGGGUGGUCGAUAUUGCGGCCCAAUUCCACCACGUAGACGUGUAUCAUUGCGAAGAGUCAUUGCCCUUGCCUUCACCACUGAUAAAAAUGCGACUACACCAGAUUUAUUUUCUGGCCGAUAUUCUUUUAUAAACGAUUCUAUUUACGAAGUUGGCACACCUGUAAUUGGUACGCCUUGCAGUUUUACUAUAUCAGGACCGGGACGUCGUCAAGGAUUUUUACAAAGUCCCACUUACCCUGGUGUAUAUCCUAAAGAUUUAACUUGUAAUUAUCAAUUUAUUGGGGAGCCAGGACAACGAAUACGUCUUGAAUUUCGAGAUUUUGAUUUAUUCUUUGGUGGUCCACAUUGUCCUUUUGACUACGUUAAAAUAUACGACGGCUUGGAUAAUAGUUCUGCCGUAAUUGGAACAUAUUGUGGACAACAGCGAAAUUUGGUGCUUUAUUCUAGCGAAUCUUCUUUGUUGGUUACCUUUACUACCAUUCCUCGUACUGCUAAUACGCAAAAUCGCGGUUUUAAAGGAAUUUUUGAAUUUUCAGAAUCAUUUGUAAAAUUAGAUUUUAUAAUGAAAAACGAAGGUGAACAUAUAAAAGGGAGUGAAUGUGAUCAAAAGAUCCUUUCAAAGGGCGAAAGUUCCGGAUUUGUUGUUAGUCCAAAUUAUCCUUACCCAUAUAUUCAAAAAACAGUAUGUCGUUAUUUUGUGUAUGGAAUGCAAGAUGCACAGCACUUAGAACGAGUUCGUUUAGAAUUUCUAAAAUUUGCCAUACCAAAAGGAGAGAAGGGAGACUGCACGGAUGGUUAUUUAAAAAUAUAUUUGAAAGGACAAGAGGCAACCGAUUCAUAUGAUAAAUUUGACACGGAAGCAUGUGGGGAAGUCCUUGAACCUACAGUAUUCGUAUCAGAUGGUCCUCGAUUAGUUCUUGUAUUUAGCAGUGGAGAAAAUCAAGGACGUGGAUUUAAAGCAAAAUACACAUUCGAAACAGAAUAUCGAAUACCGGGUACCGCUGCACCGGACGGAACUUGUACGUUUACGUAUCGAAGUACCAGCAGGAAACGAGGUGAAUUUAAUAGUCCCCGUUACCCGUCCAACUACCCUAGUGCCACAAAUUGUACGUACACGUUCCUAGCAACGCCCAAUGAACAAGUUAUAUUAGUUUUUGAUAACUUCAAAGUAAGGGCGGAUAGUGCAAAUUCAACAGUUGGUAGUUACGGUGAUACUGUGUGUCAAGAAGAUUGGUUAGAAAUUUAUAACAUAUAUCGUGAUGGCAUGGAAAAACUGUUAGGCCGAUAUUGUGGUAUGACUGCACCCGGACCAGUUGAAUCAAAUGUUGGUGCCAUUGGAUUAAAAGUCAUUUUGCAUGCAGACGCCGAAGGUGUAUACAGUGGUUUCAAAGCGCGAUAUAACUUUGAAACAGCCAAAUCCAUAUUCGGCGAUUGCGGUGGGAAUGUAAGUAACAUGGAUGCCGGUAUAAUAUCAAGUCCCAAUUUCCCAUCGAAUUAUGAUGGACCUAGUAAAGGAAUGUCAUCAAAAUCAUGUAACUGGUACGUACAUGUUCGCCCAAGAAAACGAAUAUUACUCAAUUUCGAAAGAUUCGCUGUAGAAGGAGAACCUGUGUCCCGAGGUUGUUCGGCGGCAGUUAUGCGAAUAUACAUGGAAGGUCUUCCGAUUGAACUAUGUGGCGAAAAAGGCGUAACAGAUAAAUGGCAAUAUUUGACAGAUACAAAUAUGUUAAAGCUGGCAUUUAUCACUGCUGAUAAAUCAGUAGGAGCUCAAGGUUGGCGCGCUGUUUGGACAGAAGUUACUAGUGGUCCAUCUUGCGGAGAACAAUUCCAAUGUCAUCAAUCUGGUUACUGUAUCGCGAACAGUUUAAAAUGUGAUCGAGUUAAUAAUUGCGGUCAUGAUGACAACUCCGAUGAAGAAGGAUGUUAUAUAGAGCCACCAGCAUCAGAUUAUUCAAAAUUAUAUCAAAUCCUAGCAAUUGGAAUUAUAUUCACCACAGUGGUGGUGUGUAUAUGUUGUUAUCGCCGACGUAAAUUACGACGUCGUGCAUUAUUAGGUGAAGCUCAAGCGUUAGGUAUAACACGCCAUCAUUCCACAAUGGGCUCUCUAUCAGCUUCGGCGAAUGUACUUCCUACACAAAUUCCACCACCUCCAGGACAAACACACAUGUUCCCACCGGUAUCACCGGUGGCGGGACCAUCGACAGCUGGUGGUGGUAUGGGUACACGACCACCAUCAAUACGAUUUUCACAUGUGUGUGCCACUACAGAACAAUUGGAUCCAUCAGCUGCAGAACGUUAUGUUAAUGAUGAUAGUGUCUGAUGACGGCUGUAUAACGGGCGAACAUUGUACGAAUGGUUAAAACGUAUGGCCUUUCGAAAAAAAAAUGUGUUAACUUAUCGUUAUUAUAGACAAGGUGCUCAUAACAAAUUUUAAUUAAUUUGUAAAUUUAGAUAUGAUGAUGAAUUAAUAUAUUUAAUAACAUUUUUUUAAAAACUGCGUCGAGUUGCAAUCAAUUAAUUUAUUAAAACGAAAUUUAAAAACAAAUGACAGUUACACACCAAAAGUUUGCGAAAAUAUUCAUAUUCCUAUUAUUAAAAAAAUAUAUUC